GUCAUUUGUCCUUCAUCAUUUAACUCCUUCAGAUGAGGGCUAUUAUAUUCUUCUCAUCAAUUUACAGAAUAUCACUGCUCGGCGUGUUCGGCUAUGGAUAAUAGAUCAGCUUUCGAAAGCUUCGAUAUUAAGCAACUCCAGCUCGCUCGCGUCCACCAUCAGUCUGACCUGUGAUGUCUCUGGAAAACCUCAUGGAUAUCAAUGGCAGAAAGGUGGAAAGGAAAUCUCUCGGCCUCACCUGCUAAUGAACAGGAACAGAAGCCUCAUCAUCCCGAGCGCUAGGAAAGGUGAUUGUGGGACCUACACCUGCAUCGCAAUCAACCCCGUCAGCUUUACACAGGCAGAUUACACACUAACUAUUUAUGGCAUUUCACCAGAGCAGAUAAUAAUUGUUGCUGCAUCGAUCAUAGGACUGAUGUUUUCUACAGGAGCUUUCCUUGGAAUAAUGGUUCUGUGCUGGUUGAAGGGAGAGACCAGGCAAGCAUCUGUGAUGAAUGUCAGACGUUGGUUUCUGAUCCUGCUGAUUAGUAACAUUCUGUCUCUUGUUGCCAUUGUCAUUGCUCUCAUAUCCUGGAUUGCAAUUAAAGGUGCUUCCUUUGUGGCUGUGGUGGCUUUAAUCGUUGGGGUCAUCCUGCUAGUUUUGGCCUUAACUGCCACCAUAGCCACUUGGAACCUGGGCUGUCUGUGCAUCAAGGAGUUCCUGAAACGUUCAGGUUUUCGAGUUUCACUUGAUGCAAGCAGUCUCAUAUGCUCCUUGACUGUGAUCGUCAUCUCAAUCCCCACCCUAGCGGAAGAGAUUCAGCAGAACAAUCAAGGUUGCAGUGUCACCUUUUUAACCUGGACCAUACUGGUCCCCAUAUUGGUCACCUGUGUGAUAUUCCCAACGGUGAUCUCUGCGAUCUGGUGCUGCAGAAAUGAAGAUAGAAACGAAGACAACAAUCAAAAUGUGCAGCAGGCUGACGAAGAACUGUAAGAAAUAUAUUGUCUAAACCCAAAUCAGGAACCUGAAUCUGUUCAGUCCUCUUAGAAUGGGAAUGACUGCAGCAAUUUUCUGAUUUUCCAGCGGAAAGCUUUACCUUCAAAUCCCAAACUGGAAUCGUCUUUACUUUUCUCAGCUACAGAUGUCAUGUCAAAGGCUUCCUUGCUAAUUAACGUGUCCGCCCAGGCUCAAAACAGCGAGUGGCUGGCCACCCUUCAGCUCCCAUUGCUUCAGGUGACAUCUAGGCCGGUCAUCCUGGAUGAUGAGUUCAUCAGUGUUAUGGAUGCAGCUGGACGAUCCAGCAGGGCUGUGCAGACUGGAUACCACGACCAGGCUGCUGGUGGAAAUGGUAAAAGAUGCCAAGUCCUGUCCUCAAGCAUGACAUUUUCUAUUUUUGCAGGGGCCAGGGUUCACACAAACGCUAUUUGCUGAGGCAGCUGCCUAUUUAAGUCAGCAACAGCCUCCACCGAAAUGGGAUUUCCAGUAGGACAGGUGUGUAGAUUUCCAAAUGUGCAGAUUAGGCCAGCUUUUAUCUGAAUUUAUGAAAGGGUAAUUCAUUUUUUGAAAACACUGUUGGAGUUUUUUUGAGGGCAUUACUAGCAGAAUAGAUAAGGGAGAAACAGUGGAUGUGGUGUAUUUGGAUUUUCAGAAGACUUGCAAUAAGUUUCAGCACAGGAGGUUAAUAAGAAAAAUUAGAGCUCAUGAGAUUCAUUAGACAGUGAAGGUCAC